AUGACUGAAGCAAGAGGCGUUUUGGGAGCUUUGAAAGAAUCUGGAUCGUCAAGAUUCACCCAAAAACUUUUCCCAGAUGUCCUGGUGCCCACAGUAGCAAGGGCAAUAGAGCUCAAUGAAAUUGGGGAUGAGACCGAACGUCAAAAAAAAUUCCACACCCCGAGGAUGGUGUCACAGUCUGCCCACUUUACGUAUACGGUGCCUGAAGCCCGACCACAUUACAAGCCAAUCAUCACCUCGUCCAAAGCGUUGGAGGACCUAAACUUAAAAAUGGACUCGGAGCUAAUGGCCUUGCUCAAUGGCUCUAAAGUUUAUUCUGACGAGCAAGGAUCUAUUUUUCCUUGGAGCAUGGCCUAUGCAGGAUUUCAAUUUGGGCAGUUUGCUGGACAACUGGGUGACGGGCGUGUGGUGAACAUUUUUGACCUUCCCGACAAAAACAACCGCUUUCAAACAUUGCAGCUGAAAGGCGCUGGUAUGACGGCUUUUUCACGGUUUGCGGACGGAAAAGCCGUCCUGAGGUCUAGCAUCCGCGAGUUCAUCAUAUCCGAGGCUCUCCACCACAUUGGAAUUCCGUCUACACGCGCACUUCAACUCACAAGCCUCCCCGAGACUCGAGCAAUGCGAUCUACUUACGAGCCUUGUGCCGUUUACUGCAGGUAUGCACCAAGCUGGAUCCGGUUAGGUAAUUUCGACUUAUGCCGGUACAGACAAGACCAUAGCAGUCUAGUUAGACUGUCAGAUUUCUGUGUCGACGAAGUUUUCAACAAGGGCGAAAACUUUCCUACUGAGAUAUCUCCAGAAGCUUUCAAGCAUGAUUAUUUCCCUGAUGAAGACGUGAAAAUGCCAUCCGGAUCACCAUCUGAACUUCCCUGCCUUGAUAAAAGCACUAAAUAUGAGCUUUUUUUUCGUCAUGUUGUCAACCUGAAUGCAGAGUCGGUUGCGUGCUGGCAGUCGUAUGGAUUUUUAAACGGGGUCCUCAACACCGAUAAUACAUCCAUCCUAGGACUGGCGAUAGACUUUGGGCCCUUUUCUUUUAUGGACAAGUUUCAGCCACAGUUCACGCCAAAUCACGACGACAUAGAACUCCGCUAUUCAUUUGCGAAUCAACCCACCGCAAUUUGGUGGAAUUUAACCAAAUUUGCACAGGCCAUGACGACUCUAAUUGGUGCAGGCCCGAAACUUAUCGAUACGAUUGUGAGAAGCGGGUUGGAAAAUCUGACCGAGGAUAAUGAAAGAGAAAUCAUCUCACGGGCAAAUGCAGUUAUAUUGUCGGCAGGAAAUGAGUACAAGUAUCGCUUUACGGUUAAUUAUGCAAAAAUCAUGUCACAAAGGUUAGGUCUGGACAUUGGUUUGACGAGAACCGUUACAAGCACCAAUAUUCAGGAGCUGGCCGACAAGGCUACAGAGUUCAACAAAGUGAUUUUAGAGCCCCUAUUACAGAUUCUCUACGUUACACAGGUUGACUACAAUAAUUUCUUCGUCAAACUUCAAGCAUAUAAAGGCGAAUUCAAAUCAAAGGACGGGACAGGCUUUCAAAUGAUUGAUCCGGAGCUCCUGAGGAUAUUCUUCACGGAAGCACAAGUGUCAAAGUUGGAAAAACAUCUGAAAGGUACGCCGGAGGCCGAUUCAGGUGACACAAGAAGGUUACUAGAAGUUGCAGAAACUCUUGCAACUUGGAUAGAUGAUUUCGUUGCUUUGGCCCCUCCGGUAUCUGGGGACAGAUUCACCCUUGCGAAGAGAUAUAACCCUCUAUUCACCCCCAGAGCCUAUAUCUUUGAACAAGUUAUUGAUAGUAUUACUGAUCAGCAGAGAGAUGCGAUAAAUGAUCCGAAUGCUGAACUAGAUAUCUCCUUCCUUCAAAAACUUUACAACAUGAGUGUUAACCCUUACGAUUCAGAUAAGUGGGAUGAUAGCUUGAGGCCUGAAGUAGUGCAGGACUGGACAUCUCAUGGCGAUGAUGACGCCAAAUUCAUGAAGCAGCUCACCUGCUCAAGCUAA